AUGUCCAAUUUACCCCCUUUUUGUAGUGUGGAAGCCAUCUUGGAUUUCAGGGUGUCAGAAAGAGAGAAAAAAAUGACACCCUAUUUUUUCUUAUGUCUAUAUAAUAUUCUAACAGAAUCGGAUUGUACAUCAAGCCAACUACAACAUGGAACGUCCUGUUAUUCUCAGUCAGGCACAGGCGUUGCAUGGCAACAGGCCGUCUCCCAAUGCUCCACUGAGGGCGGAAGUCUAGUCAUUAUCAACGACGCUGCAGAGAACAGCUUUAUAUUCAACAAUUACGUCACUGACCCGAAUAAAGAAUUUUGGAUCGGAAGCAACGACUUAAUAACUGAGGAUAUAUUCCAAUGGCACGAUGAGACGUACCUAUCUUACAGUAACUGGGCCGCAGGAGAGCCAUCAGACGGGUAUCACUGUGCUGUUAUCGGCGGUAGCUAUAGCGACAAAUGGGGCACGCGCUCAUGUCUCGAUGCAGUCGAUUACAUAUGCGAAACUAGAGGUGAGCAAGCGCCCACAGUAUCAUAUACGCUAAAUGCAGUAGAUCCAGUUGAAGACUACAAUGCAAGACAGUUUUUGGAUGAUGUGAAUGGACAGUGGUCUAUAACAUGCGACGACAUUGUACCCAGACAGGGAGGAAGUGCUUGUUCAAGGCUCAACGUGGAUGGUAGAAUGUCAGCAAUAACUCCUGGUGCGGUGAACGUUAUUGGGUGGAAUAGUAGUGAAUAUUAUGGGAUAUCACACAACACAAAUGCAUACUUGAUCAGCAAUGACGAUGGAAACUCCUGGUACAGCAUUCGCAAAGAAUUGUGGGAUACUGCAAGCGCUGACGUAGAUAUGGUCGUCUACUCAGUCGUGCCAACAGCUUAUGAUGCAGACGGGAUAGUCACUGUGGUUGGAGAAAAUGGACCUUACGAAGCAGGUGAACAGAUCGCCUUCGAGUUUGAUUUGAACAUUACGAUAACAAAUCAGCUGAAUUUGAUGGAUAUUCGAUUCUUUGAAGAUGCAUAUAGACUUCAAAUUGAAGACAUACAAUAUUCCUGCAACCCUGAGUGUACCUCGAUUGUCCAACUGGGAGACGGUCAUUUAACAAUAUUGAGAGUUUCUGACCCUCAUACAUUUCGAUUCUACGGAACUUUGCUCACUUCAACGUCUGUCUCUCAUGGUAGUUGUUCCGAUAUUGACGAUUCCUGCGAUUACACUCUGGAUGGCGAAUGCGAUGACGGAAGCGAGGACUCUGACAGUAAUUUCUGUGUGUAUGGUACAGAUUGUACAGACUGUAAUGGGAACAAAGUCGGACCGUGGUCAGGGUACCAAUACAAAUUGCUCAUUCAGCUGAGAAUAAUGGCGAUUCCGAAUAUUUUCUACAUGGACUUCAUAUGUAAAUCUGCAUUUGCAGCCACACCGUUCUUCGAAUUUUCGCAUGUUGGUCCCACCGUUGAUGGCGUUGCCCCUCUUCAGAUCGGUGAAUCGGCGACAACGACAUUAGUUAUGGCGUUUCCCAAAAUAUCACUGAAACCCUGGCAAAUUGAAAUUGGGAACGGCUGCGGGGACGAUGAAAUUUCUGCGUUCUCAGUGAUGAAUGUUACGGUCGAUCACUUGGGUAGCAACGUGCCAUGUCCUGUAUCAGGCGAAUUGGGAACGCAUGCUAACACGUGUACCGUGGACCUGACUGACGCGAUCGCAUAUGAAUCAACAUGCAACAACACACGACAUGAUUACGCCGUUGUUAGUUUCGAUGAAUAUAUAUCGAUCACCGCUGGUGACGUCAUAGACGACACAAACAAGUUGAGUUUGGACAUAUCAUUUAGAGUGGAAGAUAUGGAGUUUCUGAACAAUGAAACCGAGCUAUGGAUUGGUGUAGGUAUAAAUCUGGCAGGAAGUCAAAUAUUUGUUGCUACAUUACCGGUUGCUGUGGAGAUAGCAGAGGACAGACAACCGAAACUUCAUUUUGAGGCGCUGUUAAUGAAUCAUGGUGACACAUAUCAAAGAGGGGACGAUGUCAGAUUCAAAUAUUUAGUAUAUCAUGAACAACCGUUAUCACGUGCUUAUGGUUAUGACGUCACAAUCAAUAUGGUGUACACGCCCUGGCUUACUUUCACAGAAAUCAGUUACUGGAAUGAGAACUCCAUGCCAACUGAACCAACUGUAACAUCUGGAGAAGGUAGUCAAAUUAGAAUAAAAGUGGGAGAUGUAACUUUCGAUACUGUCAUACAUUUGGAGAUUACUUUUAGGAUUGGCGAUAACCAGGAACAGCCAGCCGGAACGCACACAUUUGUCGGACUAUGUGAACUUGUCUACAAAGAUUCCUGUGACUCGAUAGGUUAUCAUUCACAAUCCCCACAAUAUAUCGUAUUUGAUUAUGUUAUACCAGAAUGCAAAGACGGGCAUCAUCGUUUCAAAACGUCGUGCUAUUACAUCACUGAUGAUGAAGAUUACAACUUUGAUCAAGCAAGCGCUGAUUGCGCCGCAGAGGGCGGUCAUCUUCUUACAGUAGAAGACGCAAACGAAUGGGAGUUUGUCCAAAAUCUACUGAACACAACAGGGGCACUCACCAACUUGUUCAUCGGCUUGACUGAUCGGGACACAGAAGGAAUAUUUAAGUGGGUCAACGGUAGUUACCUCCGAUACAGCAUGUGGUUACCGCAUGAACCUAACAAUUACUUGGACAAUGAGAACUGCGUCGAAUUGUUGUCGCCUAGUUACAACAUGAAUGACAAAAAAUGUAGUAAAGACCGCGGAUAUAUAUGCGAAAUUGAAGAUGAAAAGACCGUACCCUCCAACGAUAUUGAAAGACAAACUUCUACGUUAACGGAUACCUAUGAGAGAGGGAUACUUGUGAGAAAACAUAAAGGUGAUCUUAUGAUAUGUGACACGCUGGUAGCCUGGGAUGGGGGCGAUUGCAGCGAGUCUAGGCUGGGAUCGGAGACCAAUGAUACUUUAUGGGCUGGUAAAAGUCCUAAAAUAACAAACAUACUUGCAUAUGAUAGCGACACUGAUGCGUACUAUGGCGUUGGAGGAGAUGGCAGGUCGAUUAUAUUCAGUGACGACGAUAGAGAGACAUGGUACAACAUACCACCUGAAGUUUGGCAGAACACACAAUCAUCAAGUGACAAUUUGCUUGAAUAUACUGCACUAAAAUUGGACCCAUCGUUGGACCCAGAGACGUUUAUCAAUUACGCCGUUGGCAAAACUGUAACCUCAUCAUCGGAGGUAAACGGGAAAGGCGAUGCGUCGAACGCUGUUGAUGGCAAUAAGAACGGUAACUACUCUACAGGAAGUUGUUUUUCGAGUGUUUCUGAGCCUUCUCCGUGGUGGACGGUACACUUAGGUGUUUCUCUUGAUAUAUAUCACGUGACGAUCACCAAUCGACUAGAUUGCUGUGCAUCCAACAUAGAGGGCGCUAUAGUGACAGUGAACCCCGCUGGUGACCAAUGUGGCAGCCAGGUAGAUGCGGAUACAGCAAGUUCCGAAGUAAUCUUGCUGGACUGUAGAAAUCCAGAACCUUUACGAGGGAAUGAGGUUACAGUUUCUAUGGAAACUACUGCUGUGUUAGUAUUGUGUGAAGUUGCAGUCUACACGCCAGUUAAAGCAGACAACCAGGCUCUCUAUAUAGACGAUAUUCAGGCGGCAAUCUGGCAAUGUUCAACAUGCAGAUAA